AUGAAGAAAUUUUUCUGGAAGAGUAUUCGAGGUCACCAUGCGACGAGUGCUGAAGCUUUAGCUUCCUCUGCCGCAGUACCUGUAAGUCCUAGCUUUGCGUUUAUUGAUAACUCGCAGGGUGCCUCUGCUGCAACAGCCGAGCUAUCAAAGGCUCUCGAUACUGUGCUGAACCAGAUCGAGCCAGAUGCCUCGAUCUCUCAGAAUGGUUGCCAGAACUAUGAAUUCACACGCGAUUAUAUCGUCAUGCCGUCCGCCGGUGGCACUGUCAAAGCGAUGACGACCACUAUCGUAGCUCCUCGAGAUGGCAUCGACUUGGACAACAAGUUCCUGCCAGCACUUGUUGUCGCAGUUCGAGGCAGCGAGAGUCUGAUGGACCAUAUGGUGAACGCGAAUACAAAGCCAAAAAGUGUUGCAGACUUCAUCAAAUUCGCUAAUGAGAACAUCGGCCAUAUUUUCUCUAAAUCUCACACUCCGGCUGUCGCUGAUUGCAAAGCCCAUUCCGGAUUCUUGAACAGCGCCGAGGCCCUCAACGCCAUAUGCUCCCAGAGAAUCGACGAAUAUAUCCAGAAAGCUGGCAGCGAGCGUUGUCAUAUUGUCUUUACUGGACACUCUGCUGGCGGCGCAGUUGCCUCUUUACUCUACUUGCGCCAUAUAUCUAACCAAAUUCCCGGUAAGCAAGAGUUGUCCAAUUCCUCUAUUCGUCUUUCUUGCAUUACAUUUGGGGCACUGCCUGUCGUUGAUUCCUCGGUACUGGCCUUCCAUCCGCAACGCGAGCAGUCAGGAGGAGUUUGUAUGAAUUUUGUCAACGAGUUUGACAUGGUUAGUCGGGCAGAUCGCCCCUAUAUUAUAUGCCUGGUCAACCUCCUCCGGUCACUUCACGGGAGGCCGCCUCUUGGCUCGGAUGAAGAUGAGGCAAAUUUCCAUGCAGUGCCUUCCCCGGAGACCUUAAACCCAGAGACAAAAGCGUCUGAUUCAGCGAACUUGCUGGCGGAGAAUGUUUGGCCAGUAACGCCAUGCUACUACCAUCAUGUUGGACCUCGCAUUGUCCUCCUAAAACGCCUCGAACAAGCUUUUCAAUCGGAGGGAUACUUGCUUGAGUUGAGAGCUAUGAUUGUCCCGCCGGAAGAGUUCCAGAAAUUGCUAUUUUGCAGAUUAGCAGUGCACCGAAGAGUAUGUUAUGCGGAGAGAGUACAGAUGAUUGAAGAGGGGAAGUUCAACGGAUGCAGCAGUUGGGCCUUAUAG